AUGACGCUUUGUAUGUUUAACGGCUGCCCCAACGAGGCGCUGCCGGGCCCCGGCACGAAAUGCGAGUUUCACAAGAACCGCAAGAUGUGUGGCGUCCAAGGCUGCUCCAACCAGGUCUACGCUCGGAAUCUCUGCGUGCGCCAUGGCGGCCGCAAGGCCUGCCGCGUCCAAGGCUGCGUCAACACCGUGCGCGGUGGCGACCUCUGCUUGCACCACGGCGGGUCGUCGCCAAAGCGCUACUGCACCGUCCAAGGCUGCCUGCGCCAAGCCCACGCUCGCCAAAAGUGCGUUCGGCACGGCGGUGGCAACGUGUGCAAGGUGCCGGGUUGCCUCCAGUACGGCCGCGUCCUAGGCCUUUGUCACCGGCACAAUAAGAGCCAGCAGCGCGACAUGGAGGAGCUCUACACGAGCGACGAAAUGAUCGACCACUCGAUUCUGUCGCUUCUCGUCGAGGAGAUCCCGCGCAUGGACCAGAGCGCGCCCGUGACGCCUGCAGCGUCGUCGUCGGUGUCACCGUCAUCGUUAUCCGAGCAUGCUGCAAGCCCCUCGUCGUUGCUUGCACACGAGCUGGAGCCGCUGAACAUCAUCAUUUGA